AUGGCAAUCGCGAACUCCUCCGACACCGCGUGCCCCACGGCUGUCACUCUCAGCCUUCGCGACACAGCCGCCGUGGAGAGCGAGGGCCUGGCGAUGGCGGCAGCCGUGGUCCGCGACUCCUCCAUCCGCGUCGCCUUCGACCACGAGGCCGUGCGCGCCCUUCGCUGGAGCCGCUGGGGCAGGGGCGACGCGACCGAACCGGACCGCGCGGCCGCGGCAGAAAGCUUGCGCGCAGAGGUCCGACACGGGCAGGGCAGGACGGCGUGCCCGUCGGAGGGCUUCAGACCCGCCUCCCGCAUGGCGGCGCGGCGGGAUGCCGUUCAGGGCCGGUGGGCCAGCCGCCUCCUGGACGUCAGCACCCCAAUGCCGGGGACCCUCGGAGCAGCGGCGGCACUGGCGGCCAGAAGCGACACCACCACGCCCGGGUCCCAGCCCAGCCGGGUGUCGCGCGUCGCGGCGCAGGCGGCCGCCUACCCGCCGCGGGGUGAGGGCGCGGCGAUCCAGGCGGCCCGCGAGUUCGCGCGCGGCACAGCGUGGACGGAGCCGCCGACGGCCAUCCUCACUGGAUUGCGCGCUGGCCUGGACAUUGAGGCGCUGGAAGCCGCCGGGGCGCUCUUGACAGGUGUCGCCCGCGCCCCGCCGCCGCCGGCCCUGGUGCCCGCUGACGCGGGGGUGGCGCUGCAUGCGGAGCGGCUGCCGACGGAACUGGGCGACACGUGGGAACCGCUGCCGGCGCGCCCCGAGCCCGCAGCGCGGCUUCCUUCCGGGGGCGGGGCGCUCCCGGGAGAGAGUGUGCGGCGGCUCCAUGCCCCGGCGAGGGCCGGCGUGCUCGGGCUGCGCCCAGUGGCCACCCUCGCCCUGGGCGCGGCCGCGGCCGUCGCGGUUGGCGUCCUGCUGAGGCGCCGGGGCGAUGGCGGCGGCAGCCGCGGCAGGCCGAAGGCGAAGCGCAUAGACGGGAAGAAGAUCGCUGAGGACGUGCGCGGCGAGGUAAAAGAGAUGGUCAGCGAACUCAAGAGCUCGCACGGCGUGGUGCCAGGUCUGGCGGUCAUCCUCGUAGGUAGCCGCAAGGACUCGCAGUCGUACGUCAGGAACAAGAAGAAGGCCGCCGCGGAGGUCGGCUUCCACUCGAUCGACGUGGACCUUCCCGACACCGUCACGCAGGAAGCUCUGCUGCUUGAGGUGAAGAAGCUGAACGAGGACCCUUCGGUACACGCGAUUCUGGUGCAGCUCCCGCUGCCGUCCCACAUCGACGAGGCCACCGUUCUGGAGUCCAUCGCGGUGGAGAAGGACGCCGACGGCUUCUCGGCGCUGAACAUUGGCAACCUUUGCCUGAAGGGCGGCAGCCCGCCCAUGGCCGUGCCCUGCACGCCGGCGGGCUGCAUCGAGCUGCUGCAGCGCAGCGGGGUCGACGUCAGCGGCAAGGACACGGUUGUGCUCGGGCGCUCGAACAUCGUGGGCAUGCCAGUCGCCGCGCUGCUGCAGUCCAUGAACGCCACCGUGACCGUCUGCCACUCGCGGACCAAGGACGUCGAGGCCAAGAUUAGGCAGGCAGACAUCCUGAUCGCGGCGCUGGGCAAGGCAGAGUAUGUUCGCGGGAGCUGGCUCAAGCCAGGUUGCGUCGUCAUCGACGUUGGCAUCAACGCCAAAGACGACGCCACAAAAAAACUUGGGUACCGUCUGGUUGGCGACGUUCACUUCGAGGAGGCGGAGCAGGUGGCGUCGCUGAUUACGCCUGUGCCUGGCGGCGUUGGGCCGAUGACCAUCGCCAUGCUCCUGCGCAACACGCUGCAGCUGUGCCGGCUGAGCAUCGGGCUCGGGAGGAUCCCGCUCAGAAAGUCGGCCGAGUUUAACCGGUACCCGGAGGGUGAGCCAAAGCGCCUUACCUCUGUCCACUAG